AUGAGCAACACCAAGAAGAAAUCCACUUCCAGUGAGAAGAAGGCUAGCCAGAAGCCCACCUCAUCCUCCCAGCCAGCCACCAAAACCAAACCGGCUGCCCCUCAAACACUGCCUCCUGGAAUCAAAGAGAAGAUCGACAAGAAGUCUGGCGAGAAGGAGAAGAAGGAUAAAAAUUCAACCGACAAGAAAUCUAGCGAAAAGAAGAAAACCGACAAGAAAUCUGACGACAAGAAGACCACCGACGCCAAGCCUUCUCCUGCCAAGGAGAAAGUUGAAAAGAGCUCCAAGAAGACCAAGGAUGACAAACCAAAAACCGCCGCCGCCACGACCACUCCCAAGAAGUCAACUCCCAAGAAGCCUGAUUCGAAGGCCAAGGCCAAACCCACCGAGUCAAAGAAGACUGCCCCUAUUCCACCCAAGCCUAAAUCUGAUUCUGGUUCGGACUCUUCGAGCGACGAGGAGGACGCCAAGCCCGCCAAAGAGGAAUCCAAAGCUUCUGCCGUCAAGACAGCCAAACCGACCUCCAAGCCUACCGAGUCGUCGAGCGAUUCUGGUUCGGACUCUCCAAGCGACGAGGAUGACGCCAAACCCACCAAAGAGGAAUCCAAAGCUUCCGCCGUCAAGACAGCCAAACCGACCACCAAGCCUGCCGAGUCCUCGAGCGAUGAAUCCGAAAGUGACAGUGACGUUCCUAAGCCCCCCGCCACAAUCACUCCUGCGAACGCCAAAGCCGCUGAGUCAUCGUCUGAGGACUCCUCCGAAGAAUCUUCUGAUGAUGAUGAGCCAGCCAAGCCCGUGACCGCCAAGUCCCCAGCGGCCAAAGCGACGCCCGCAAAAGCUACUCCCGCCAAAGCUACUCCCGCCAAAGCUACUCCCGCAAAAGCCGCCCCAAAGCCUCAGGCUAAUGGCAAAGCAGCUGCACCAGUCGCCUCUUCCUCUGAAGACAGCUCAGAGGACGGAGAUGAUUCCUCAGACUCGUCGGAAUCUGAUGAGGACGAGGUUCCUACGCCCCCAACAACCGAUGCUCUGCCCGCUUCUAACGACAAGAAGCGUAAGAACGAAGGCCCUGACCCAACUCCAAAGAAAGCCAAAGCUGAGGAAGAGGGGAUCAAGAGCGUCUUCGUCGGGGGACUAUCGUGGAACGUUGACAAUGAAUGGCUCAAGAGCGAGUUUGAAUCUUGUGGGACAGUCCUCGCUGCGCGUGUGAUCUAUGACCGAAUGACUGAAAAGAGUAAAGGGUUUGGCUACGUCGACUUUGAAACCAGUGAAGCUGCAAAGAAGGCAGUGGAAACCAAGAGCGGGUCUGAGCUUGAUGGCCGAACACUAAAGGUGGACCUAUCAACACCCAAACCGGAGCGUGCUCCGGCAGAAAAGCGAGACUUCUCCAAGGAACAGCUCUCGGAACCCUCGACGACUCUUUUCAUUGGCAAUGUGCCUUUCUCGGCUACCCAAGAUGCGGUCUGGGAGAUCUUUGCCGAAUUUGGGGACGUGAACUCUGUCCGACUACCGACUGACCCGGAAACCCAACGGAUCAAAGGAUUCGGAUACGUCGAAUAUGCAACUCUGGAUUCGGCCAAAGCUGCUGUGGAGAAAGGUCGUGGCGAGGGACUUCAAAUUGAUGGCCGUCAAGUGCGACUUGACUUCAGUCAACCGCGAUCCAACAAUGACCGAGGAGGCGGUGGCCGAGGAGGCGGUGGCGGGUUUGGUGGCCGAGAUGGAGGCCGCGGUGGCCGAGGCGGGUUUGGUGAUCGUGGUGGCCGAGGCGGGUUUGGAGACCGUGGACGCGGCGGAGGCCGGGGGUUUGGAGGAGACCGUGGUGGAGGCAGAGGCCGUGGUGGCGGUGGAAGGGGUCGUGGUGGCGGCGACGCCGGCUGGGGUGCUCGGGCUAAAGUCAACGGUAGUGUGGUUGAAUCAGCCGGAACUAAGAAAACGUUCGACUAG